AUGGCCGCGUCCGAGGACGGGAGCGGCUGCCUCGUGUCGCGGGGCCGCUCGCAGAGUGACCCCAGCGUUCUCACCGACUCCUCGGCCACCUCCUCCGCCGACGCCGGGGAGAACCCAGAUGAGAUGGACCAAGCGCCCCCAGCGCGCUCCGAAUAUCUGGUCUCAGGGAUCCGAACUCCCCCGGUGAGGAGGAAUAGCAAACUGGCCACCCUGGGCAGGAUCUUCAAACCCUGGAAAUGGAGGAAGAAGAAAAACGAAAAACUGAAGCAGACGACGUCCGCGCUGGAGAAGAAGAUGGUCGGCAGGCAAGGUCGGGAGGAGCUCAUCAAGAAGGGUCUGCUGGAGAUGAUGGAGCGGGAUGCUGAAAGCAAAGCCUGCAGCCCUGACGGAGGGCCCCGGGCCUCACAGAGCGAGCCCUCCACCCCCAAGCAGGAGACGCUGACUUCAGAAGAAGCCCCGCCCGGAAGCCCUCUGGCCACUGGGCCAGACCAGUCUUCCCUGGACGAGCCGCUGUCCUCGGACUCCUAUUCUGACGACGCAGCCAAGAUGCCGUCCACAUCCAGAGGUGAAGAAGCAGAUGCCGCCGGCAACCUCCCGCUGACCACUGACGAACCCUCUCAAGCCUUAGCUGGGUCUGACUCCCUGGACAGUCCUCCCAGACCCCUGGAGAGAUCCGUGGGCCAGCUCCCCAGCCCCCCGCUGUUGCCCACCCCACCGCCCAAGGCAGGCUCCAAAACCACGAAAAACGUCACAGGCCAGCCUGCGCUCUUCCAGGGCCCUGGCGGGAAGAGUGCUGACCCUCCCCUCCGAGGACAGCUUUCCACGCCCACGGGGUCUCCACAUCUCACCACUGUCCACCGGCCACUGCCCCCCAGCCGUGUCAUUGAGGAGCUGCACAGGGCACUGGCCACCAAGCAUCUCCAGGACAGUUUUCAAGGAAGGGACAGUAAAGCGUCCCCCAAGAAGCGGGUGGACGUCCGCCUGUCUAGAACGUCCAGCGUGGAGCGGGGCAAGGAGAGGGAGGAGGCCUGGAGCUUCGAUGGGGUCGCGGAGAGCAGGCGCACCGCCACCAAAGGGUCUGAGGAGAACAAGGAGAACUUGAUCGUGAAUUCGGAACUCAAGGACGACCUGCUGGUGUAUCAGGAUGAAGAGGCGCUGAAUGACUCCAUCAUCUCUGGAACACUGCCAAGGAAAUGCAAGAAGGAGCUCUUGGCAGUGAAGCUGAGGAAUCGGCCCAGCAAGCAGGAAUUGGAAGACAGGAAUAUUUUCCCCAGGAGGACUGAUGAAGAGAGACAGGAAAUCCGGCAGCAGAUUGAGAUGAAACUCUCCAAACGGCUGAGCCAAAGACCGGCCGUGGAGGAACUGGAGAGAAGAAACAUCUUGAAACAAAGGAAUGAUCAGACAGAGCAGGAAGAAAGAAGAGAAAUCAAGCAAAGAUUGACAAGAAAGCUGAAUCAGAGACCCACGGUGGAUGAACUGCGGGACAGGAAGAUUCUGAUCCGAUUCAGCGAUUAUGUGGAAGUGGCCAAAGCUCAGGACUAUGACAGACGGGCAGACAAACCCUGGACGCGACUGUCCGCGGCCGACAAGGCAGCCAUUCGUAAGGAGCUCAACGAAUACAAGAGUAACGAGAUGGAGGUACACGCAUCAAGCAAGCAUCUGACAAGGUCGGCUUUCUGUGUGAAUGGCUUUCGUGGUACUUACCGCAUGUUUCUUUAA